GUCUAGAAUGAUCAAUGACCCCGCGAUCAUGCCCGGUCGAUCAGAGAGUUAACUGUGGUAAAAGAAACACUUGUACUCCUCCAGUUGGUAGUGUGCCAUCCAUCACGAACUCCCGUUCCCUUGCGCUCCCAUGCCAUGAUAUAUACCCAUCGACACCCGCCACCAGCAGUCCACAGUCCACACGGGAGAGCGCACGACACCGCCCGGUACGUACGGCAGUCGGCAACCAAGGAGUCAUGCAGGGCGGCGGCGGAGGGAUGGAGGAGACAGCGGCGGCCAAGAACCGCAGCGGCGGUGUUGGUGAGGGCGCCGUCGUGGAGGUGGAGGUGGAGGAGGGGCCUCGGUUCCGGCGGGUGUGCGUGUUCUGCGGGAGCAGCUCCGGGAAGCGCAGCAGCUACCGCGACGCCGCCGUCGAGCUGGGCAGGGAGCUGGUUGCUCGUGGGAUGGGUCUGGUGUACGGCGGGGGCAGCCUGGGGCUCAUGGGGGAGGUCUCCGAGUCCGUCCACAAGGCCGGCGGCCACGUCAUCGGCGUCAUACCCACCGCUCUCAUGGGCAAGGAGAUCACCGGGGAGACGGUGGGGGAGGUGGUGGCGGUGUCGGGGAUGCACGAGCGGAAGGCGGCCAUGGCGCGCAACGCCGACGCCUUCAUCGCGCUGCCCGGCGGCUACGGCACCCUGGACGAGCUGCUGGAGGUCAUCACCUGGGCGCAGCUCGGCAUCCACACCAAGCCAGUGGGGCUGCUGAACGUGGAGGGGUACUACGACUUCCUGCUGGCCUUCAUCGACAAGGCGGUGGACGACGGCUUCAUCCGGCCCGCCCACCUUCACAUCUUCGUCAGCGCGUCCGACGCCAGGGACCUCGUCCGCAAGCUCGAGGAGUACGUGGCGGUGGAGGAAGACGACCCGGCGGCGCCCAAGCUGCGGUGGGAGAUCGGGAAGGUCGGCUACAACGCCACGCCCGCUGAUCGAUCUACACUUAAUUAAUUACGCUAGUCACCUACUCUCUCAUUUUACCACGCUUUAGCUCCUGUCCGUAUCUCUAGCUCGUCAGAGUUUUACCAAUGUGAGCAUGAAUUAUAUAUCACAAAAGGCUAUUCCAUUAUAAAAUAGAACAAUUGAAAUUUCUAAUGGUAUCAUCAUUGUAAUAAUCGCCGCAAAAGUAACCACUAUUGUAAUAUUAGUAUAUAACUCCUAUAAUGUUCAUCAAAUCGUCUAUCUAGGAUACACGAUGGCCUAAUAAACCAGAAAAGAGGAAGCACUUAAUCAUUUUGUGUAGUACUAUUGCU